UCCGCUCCAGCGUAUCCCAAGUGUGUAUUCAAGCGCGUCGUCGGGACAGAGUCGCACGCGGAAAGCUGGUGGACCGCCGUCACGUCGAGCGUCGAGCGUCGAGCGUCGCGAUUCCCGUCCGAUCGCGUCGAGACGUCGAGUCGUCGCGCCGGUGCUCUCUCCCUCUCCCCCGAGCGAGCGAGCAAGAGAGAAAGAGAGAGAGAGUGAGUGAGUGACAGGAACGCAUCUGUGCGCUAUACGCGGAGAGCGGAGGCGCGCAUCUGCGUUUCGUCGCGGCGCGGGAGCGCGCGGCAGAGGCGGGAACGCACAUCCCACGGUCCCCUACGGUCCACCGUCGGCCCGCGUCGUAAAUACGCGGGCAACGGCAGCGCGUACGACCGUGUGCCUCGCGCUGGGACGCCGCGCGGAGUCGCGCACAUCAUUGGGGGCCUCCUCGCGCUCCUCCGUACGUCGCAUCCGCUUCCCCCUCGUGAACCACGGGCAAGAUGGGGACGAUCUGCUACAACUUCUCCAAGUACACGCUGGCGGCCAUGAGCCUCGUGUUUUUGAUAAUCUCGGUGACGGUGAUAACCCUGGUAGCAUGCAUGCUGUCGGACAAAACGUAUUUAGUAUCGAUCGCCGAGGAGGGAAACAAUUACGAGGCGGGCCUGUACAUUCUGCUCUGCACCGGCAUUCUCAUGCUCAUCGUCUCCGUCCUAGGCUGGUGCAGUGCCUUCAAGCACUCUCGAUAUUGCCUGGCCACCUUCUUCAGCAUCAUGCUCGUCAUCGUGGUCGCGCAGGUCGCCUUCGCGGGCUGGCUUUACGCCCACAAGGACCGCCUGGACGAGCUGGUGCGAUCCUCCGUGAUAAACACAGUUAAGGAUGAAUACGGCGAGAUACAAUGUCGCACGCAAAUCAUGGAUACCAUUCAAGCCACUCUCGAAUGCUGCGGAGCCAAUGGGCCCAUGGACUGGGCCGGCAGCAAGUACGCAAGCCAGGAUUCCUCUCAGGCGCGAGUGACUUUUGGCGUUUCAAGCACCAACAACGUGUUCAAGAUACCCAAAUCCUGCUGUAAAGACGCGAGUAGCGCCGAAUGUAACGAGGGCCGCCAGUUGAAAAUUGCCGGAGUCGUGAGCUCUGCGAUCUACAGCGCGGGAUGCAUGGAAAAGUUGGUGACUACACUCAAGACUCAGACUUACCACUUUAUGAGCGCGGCGAUACUGGUCUUAGCCCUAGAAAUCCUUAGUCUGAUACUCGCUCUAAUCUGCUGUUGCAAAGGCGGACCAUCAGAUAGAUACAAAGCUUAAAUCGACUCUUCGCGCGCAUCGUGUAAGAAUCUUCCCUUCGCCGGGUGUCCCACAAUAACAGCGUGAUACCAAAAACAAUCGAAAUUUUGUUUCUGUGCCACUAGCUGUGGAUAUUUGGCAAAUUGUGUUUUAUAUAUUUUGUCAAGUAGAGGACAAAUGAAAUAUUGAUUUUAUUAUCGCAAAGCAUAUUUGAUAAAUAAUCGUUUAAACUGUAUUGCUAUUACUAUACUAUGUUGAAUUGGUAUGCGUUAUUUUGGGACCAAUUCAAGAUCUGACGUAUAAUAGUAUCAUUUUAUUAUUUUAUUUUUGUAAAUAAUAUCUUGAUAUCUCCCUUUUAACAUUUAGAGGGUCCGUAUAUUUCACAAAAUUGAUUUUUACAAUUUACGUAUGUACACUCUUGCUUUCAAGGGUAAUACACCUAAUUUUUUGAUUGGAUUUUCUUAAAAGGGGUACAAAGAUAUGACAGGUAUUAAGGUAAAAUGUAUAAUUGUAUGAAAUUUUUAUCAAUAUGCAUAUAUAAAUUCAAAAGGAAGAUUAUAUCUCUUUACAAAUCGAGGCUAUUAAAUAGAGAGGAUAAUCACACAGAUGUUUCAUAACUGUGAAAUAUUUGCAUCAAUUUGAGCAGAUAUUUACAUAUAUGUGUAUGCGUGUGUGACUUGUAUUGGUGCAGAUAUAAUUAUUUAAGAUACAUGUAAUAUGUAUAUGUAUAUACAUACAUAUAUAUAUUUAUAUUUAUAUAAUAUAUAAGCCUUCCAAAAUUUGAGAAUGACUGCAGGGCUGUAGGGUGAAGUCUGAUUAGAUAAAUGCUUCCUAAAUAAUUUUAAAUACACUCUGACUCCGUGCGAAUUUCGUUGAUCUUUAAUGCUAUUGUAAUAGUAUUUUCCAUUUGUAUGACAUUAUUGAAUUCGACUAUUAUCUCAGUCUGUAUUUAUACCUGCAUAUCUUAUACAUAUGACGAUAUUAAGGACUGGACAAGAGAAUCUUGAUUUUACGAGAAUAGAAGUUAGAUAUGAAUUUAUAUUAAAAGAAAUUAAAUGCGAAUGGAAACUCGAUUUUUCUGAUUACUGCCAAAUGCUCUUCUACAUAAAUAUAUAUAUUUCCAGUUUAAAGACUUAUGUACAUAAGCAUUUAAUAUCUUUCACAAAGUACCUACGCAGCUAGGGUUUCUUCGGGCCAAAGUAGUAAACCAAACUAACGCAUUGCGUUGAUAUAAAGCGAAAAUUAUUGUACUUUAAAUUGCAUAAUGAGCUAUUAGAGAAAUAUUAUUUCUAUGACAAAAGCUAUAUUUUCUGUUGCAUCUGAUAUAAUUUUAUGAGCGUGUGUACUAUCUCGCAUGACACUAAGUUGCUAAUUUCUCUUUACUUUAAGCUUAUUGCUAAUAGAUUGAAAGCUAUAUAUUUUCACACGACUAAUCUUAAUUAGGAGUGUAGCGUUUAACGAUCUAAGUAUAGGAAUCUCGAGAUAUAUUGAAUGAUGAAUAUCAGUUAUUGUGUCUUACAUCGACUAACGUUUUCCUAGCGUUAAUCUUGCAAAUCAAAAUAGGAAAGGAACCACGCACUUACUAAUAAUACAUACGAUACAAUCAAUCUAGUACUUUAACUUACUACAGCGCGAUCGUCAUAGUUUCUAGUCUGUAAACUAUUAAUGUUAACUUAACGAUCUAUUUGCUUUAUCUCUCUCUCACGCGAUAUACGGUAUAUUUUAUAUAUUAUUUUUUAUACACGUAUUAAUAAUAAUUUUCUAUAGAUUCUAUAAAGUAUAGCAAUAACUGUUACCACCAAAUUUUACAAAAAGACAACACUACUUAUAGAGUUUACACACAUACUGAUAAUAUGUUCAGUUUUAUGUAAAUUAUAAUAAUCGCAAAUUGUACCGUGGACAUUACUUUCGCAAGUAACGUUUCAUUAAAGCCAUGUUAAUACUUUUAUGACACCAUUGAAUCCAGAAUAAGUCUUCGAAAUAUUUAUGUCGUAUCUGAUGUGCUAUAUAAUACCCGGCUUCAUUAAUGUAACACAAGAUAUUAGUUGUAUGCAAGAGACAUGAUAUAAAAAUUAAUAUUUCUAAAUGUUGCGCUGUCCUUAGAGUCCACGUUUUGUUAAUUAAGAUUUACGUGGAAAUUUGGGUGGCCGACUACUAAAUGGUUUACACGUUCGCGCUGGAAUCAGUCUUUUUAGAAAGUUUCUUCCACGUCGUCUUAGCAAUUGUCAGAGAAGAGCGAAAAUUCAAAUGGGUAAAGCAAAUAUCUAGAAACGGAUAAAGUUUGUGAUUGAAUUGUUAAAUCGUGACGCGACAUAUUCCGCCGUUUAAGGAAAAAUACAGUUAGUAGCGAGCGAAGUCAUUGAUGUUAUAUUAAAAGUUGUAACGCAGAAUAAUCGUUGCGUGUAUAUGUAAAAAUACGAAACGGCGUGUAACAGCAAUACGUAUGUUGACUAAAAAAAAAACAAAACAAAAGUCGUACGCACACACUUCCUCGAUUCCGCAUUGUAAUACUCGUACACCAGCACAAAAGCAAGCAUGCACACAUCUGUAUAAUUAUCAUGCAUUCUCGAUCGGACUGUUCUAUUUCGAUGUUACUUUACAAGUUUAUUUCCCCGAUUAUAUUUGUACAACCUUUAAAUGUUGUCUGCCGUUUAGUAGAGGAGAUAAACAAAAAGGAUAUUAGAGAUAAGUCUAUAAAUGUAAAAUUGUACUGUACGAAAAUGAAAUGUCGACGCGUUCUCACUUGCGACGAUAACAUUAGAUAGCGUUGCUGGCGUCUUUUGCGCACACAUUGUGAAAUUAAGACAAUUACUCUCUGGACAGACUUCCAUUCUGCGUACGCAGUUUUCCAUGAAUAAAGGUAUUCGUACACCUCCAA